CAACAACAACAACAACAACAACAACAACAACAACAACAACAACAACAACAACAACAACAACAACAACAACAACAACAACAACAACAACAACAACAACAACAACAACAACAACAACAACAACAACAACAACAACAACAACAACAACAACAACAACAACAACAACAACAACAACAACAACAACAACAACAACAACAACAACAACAACAACAACAACAACAACAACAACAACAACAACAACAACAACAACAACAACAACAACAACAACAACAACAACAACAACAACAACAACAACAACAACAACAACAACAACAACAACAACAACAACAACAACAACAACAACAACAACAACAACAACAACAACAACAACAACAACAACAACAACAACAACAACAACAACAACAACAACAACAACAACAACAACAACAACAACAACAACAACAACAACAACAACAACAACAACAACAACAACAACAACAACAACAACAACAACAACAACAACAACAACAACAACAACAACAACAACAACAACAACAACAAUAG